CAUGAAAUUAAGCAAAAUAAACGGCUAAUCAUAAAAAAACAAUGACAGUGUUGAGAUGACAAACUCACAUAGCGCUGUGCUGUCCAAUCUGUAACCCCGCCCUGAGGCUAAGCCCCGCCCAUCAUCCCGUGCGUGCGCGCAUCUCAGCUGAAUGUUCAGGAAUCAGUCGCUGAAACACGGGCUUGGGUAGACGUGUUACCUUGUAACUUAGAAAUUAUGUAGUGAUGUUUGAUAAAAGUUAGACUGAGGAAAAAACUGUGUUGAAAAACGUUUCCCAAGAAAAGCCAUUUUUUUGUUUUCGGUUUCAAAAGUGAAAGUUAAAGACCAAUAUUUUUGAAUACCGCCAACAAACAACCAAAAUUAGUAUAAAUAUUUAUCAAAGUUAAUUAUUAAAAUAACAAUCAACCAUCACAAAAAAAAUGGACUACCUAAAAGCCAACUUUCCUGCGCAAACAGAAGACGGAAUAAAGUACCAAGAAAACGUGGAACAGUCACAUUUCCAACCUCUUAUAGAACAGGAGGGUUCUCAAGAGUUCUUCCACCCAGGGUACCUGCCCUUCUUCUAUGACUACAGGGCUGUGGACCGAGGGUUGUGUGACGUGAGAGAAGCUUGUGACUGGGAGUGGGGCGAGUGGGAGAACCAUGUGGUGGUGAAGGAGGAAGGUGAGGAGGCGCGAGGGUUUGGGGAUGAAGAUACCCGUUCUCCCGGCGGCAGUCGCAAGGAGAGGACAGCGUUCACGAAGGCGCAGAUCAAAAGCUUGGAGGCGGAGUUCACGCGAGCUAACUACCUGACGCGCCUGCGCCGGUAUGAGAUCGCCGUCGCCUUGCAUCUUACUGAACGACAGGUGAAGGUAUGGUUCCAGAACAGAAGAAUGAAAUGGAAGAGGACAAAAGGCGCGUCCAAGCAUUCCAAGAAAAAGGAUACCACUAAUUUGAACUAAUAUGUCAAGUUAUAUUCUAAAAUAGCUUUUUCCGCGGUUUCACCCGCUCCUCGUGAAAACUUCCCUUAAAAUUUAGCUUAUUUCACCCGGGCAUAGUGUAACCUAGUGAAGUGCAUCACUUACUUGUACGUUAGCUUUUAGGUAAUAAAUAUGUGAUAGUUAAGAACAUAAGGAAAACACAAAAUUUCAGGAGAUAAGAUAUGUUUAUUAGACAAUUCAUACCUCCGACACGAGGCGAGCGCGUGCCGAACAAAUAAUAACUAAACAUAAUAAUAAUAUUGUGAACUAACGCACUAUCUUUGGAAGGAACAAAACAUCUGGGCUAUGGGCAGCUACAAUUUGUUCAAACUUAAGAAUGGGUUAAAUUAUAAUGAUUAACAACAGCAGGGGAACUUCCAAAUCACUAAAAUACUAGCUGUAUUUAUAUAAUAACAUUGAUUGCAGCCAGGCGCCGUAGACGACUUCGUGGAAGAUAGCUACAUACAGUUUCCAACCUCAGUGCUCCGAGCGUUAGGUCUUUUGUAUCCAAUCGUUGGCAGUAUUCAUGAAAUGUUACAGAUAUUUACUAAAGCGGAUAGGAAAAGCUAAAUAAUUUACGCUAAAUGAAAGAUCAAGCUUAAACAAAGAUUAAAACUACAUAAUUGAUUCUUAAUUAAAACUAUAGUAUACAAUUGAAAUUAAAAGUCGAAAGACAACUUGGAAGACUAACAAAAAGUUUAUUUUACAGAAAUAAUCUUACAAAGAGAUUCAUACAAAUCAAUUUAAUCAAGCAAUACUACAUAAUCACAGUUAAGAAAAAUAAAUUUCGUUAAAAAAACAUUCAGAAACUGUAUGUAACUCAAGUGAGCAUAAAUCGUGACCGACGUCGCCUUAACUCGCGUUAAAUUUUCCGUGAACUACGUUUAACAUUGGACCUAGCUAUAUCGUUGGACCAAAAUAAAAUAGCUAAUUUUCAACAAUAUAGAUAUAUAAUUAUCAUGUUUUAACAUACGCCGCUGCGUGUGUCAGUGCGCUGAGGGGUUCUACAGCCUGUAACAAUAUUGUAAUCAAAAUAAAUAAACGAUUUAAAA